AUGCAAGAUGGGCAGAUGUCGACCAUCGCAAGUCCGAAUUAUCAUGCCACAGUUGCGGCUGCCAACCUCUUCUUUGAUCGAUAUAUCAGUGUGUGGCUUAGGCACACCAAGAACGAGCUGGACUUCGUGGCCCCGCUCUACGGCCAGGCCAAGACUGACAGCAUGCUGUCAAAUAUCGUAACGGCAUUGGGCUUGGCUUCGUUACCGACACGAGAGGAAAAACGCUCCUUCAGAGUGUUAGCCGGCGAAAAGUACUCGGAAGCCCUUCGCCAGACACAAAGAUCUUUGCGAUAUCCCACACUAGCGCAAAGGGACGAGACUGUGGCGACAGUCAUCUUGCUGGCGCUGUAUGAGUUGGUUGGCUCGAACGAGAGUGCAACCCAUCGCCAGAGACUCUUGCUUCACUUGAAUGGCGCAGUGCAACUUAUGCAAUUGCGAGGUGAGGGAGCCAUGCUGGAGAUAGCGCAGCACAUGAUGUAUCAGCGCGUAGCUUCUCAAAUUGAGCUCUGCUGUCUGCACGGAAGGCAGCGCAUACCACCGGCGCUGUUGAAGCUGGAAAAUUGUAUCCAAAGCCGGUUCCACGCUGAAGAGGUCAUGAUAGCUGAUCUCCUGCACAUAGCAGCUCGACUAUGCGAAGUUCUCGUAUCGACAGAAGUCGUGGAUCCCGCCUCGAUCGCCACGAAUAUCGAAAUUCUGGCAGCAAUAGAAGGAGAUCUGAGUACCUGGUUCGACCAACGAUCGCCACGCUUCUGUGCAGAAAGGAUGCCUCUGUGCAGCCGCGGAGAUAUGUUUCUUCAGCACAAGGAUGUGUACCACAAUGACAUUGGUGCUUCCGUGAUGACUCGAUACCGCUGCGUCCGUAUCACUGCAAACGAGGAGAUCCUUCGCCUGCUCGAAAUAAAGUCUGGGUUGGCUUCCAGUCAAGACGAUGAGCCGCGAUGCACGCACGCCCACGUCUGCAUCUUGGCUAUAUCUGAAGAUAUCGCAUACAGUCUUCCAUACUUCUUUGGCGACAAUGCCGGCCUGAGAGAACCGCGUGGUCAUGCUUCAGCGUGCCGGCCCCUAAUGUAUAGCGGACUCUCAUGUUUGAUGCCCAUAUACCUGGCCUCGAAUCCGACGCGAGUGUCGAACAGCAUGUUCCGUUGGAUGAUGGGCCAUCUGGAAAUCAUUGCCUACGACAUUGGUAUUCCGCAAGCGCGACCUCUGUUGCAAGAGCGACUGGCGUCCCGACCGGAGUGGCCAAUUCGCAAUAUCUCCUCGAUGCUGGUGACUUAG